GAUAAGUUGGAGUAUAAAGUUUAGAAGCAAUCCGGUGUGAUGGUCAUUAAAAUUAUUUGUCCGUCACGCGCAGGCCCCUCCCCCGACUGGGUGGUGGGUGUGAGUGGGCUGGAGCUGUGCAACAAAGACUGUAGCUGGGCGGAGAGCAAGACCAUAGACCUGUUCCCCUACGACGCCGGCACCGACAACGGCAUCUCUUACAUGUCGGCAAACUCUGAAACGAUUCCCCGCGAGAAGAUGUAUCGCAUCACGACGAUGUACCCUGAGGACCCGCGCGCGCCCUUCUACAACCCCGGGGGCGAGCUGCGGCCCAUGGCGCGGCUGUACAUCACACGGGAGAGCCUGCUGCCGCGCGGCUGCGACGAGGACACGCUGCAGGCUCUGGUGCUCGAGGAGGCCGAGAACACGCAGGCCGUCAAUCGCCCGGAGUGCGGGGUGACGGAGUGGAGCGCGUGGUCUGCGUGCUCGGUGUCGUGCGGCAAGGGGCUGCGCAUGCGCACGCGCACGCGCGAAUACCGCAUGCCGCAGAAGGCCGCCAUGUUCGCCUGCGACCGCCAGCUCGUCUCCAAGGAGAUGUGCGUCGCCGACGUGCCCGAGUGCCCCGAGCGCGGCGCGGCGGAGGCGGAGGCGGAGGCGGAGGCGGUUGGAGUGCCGGAGGAAGCAUGCCGCACGACGGAGUGGGGCCCGUGGAGCGAGUGCUCGGUGACGUGCGGCAUCGGCUUCAAGAAGUGCCCGUUGGUGCCCACCGAGGAGAAUCGUAAGUGCAUGGAGCCGCAGUGCGUGGAGGCGGAGGCGGCGUGGUCGGGCCGGUCGCCGUGCUCGGCGUCGUGCGGGCGCGGCGUGAGGUUCCGCACGCGGCCGCCGCUGGUACCGGCGGACCGCCAGCAGGAGUGCUCGGCGCACGUCGAGCUGCUGCAGCAACGGCCCUGCCAGGACCGCGCCGACUGCGCCAUCGACAUGCCCACAGCUAAGCGUAUCUGCAUGGAGGCACCGGAGCAAGGCCCGUGCCGCGGCCUGUACCAGCGCUGGGCAUUCGUGGCGAUGAAGGGCAUGUGCGUGCCCUUCAACUACGGCGGAUGUCGCGGCGGACAGAACAACUUCCUCACGCAGCAGGACUGCAUGGACACCUGCAUGGUGCUGCUCGGUGAGUACAUAUGUACCUGUGCUACUGCUACUGGAAACUUAUUUUAAUUAUUUUCAAUGAUACUUAAUUCCCUCGUUUUAUACGA